CAGCCAUGUUCAUCUACCUUGUCAUUAGAAUAGGGUGUGAAGUCACCGGAAGACUCCAAUCCCCCAGUCUUCUCAACGGGCGGCCAUCUUUGGACUCCAGAGACUUAGACAGAGGUGGACGGUGCUGUAGCCUGAGAGUGGAAGGUUAAACCCACUGAAACUUUAAAGACUGUCUGUCUGUUUCACAUGUCUGCAAAACCUCCGUGUUUUAUAUGUCAGUCUGCUACUUCCAUUUCUAAAACAUGUCGAAAGCAACUAAACGGAAACAUGUAGUGAAAGAGGUUCUACUUGACUAUGUCCAACCUACAGAGAAUCAGCGCAUAGUAAAGGUUUUAGGUAGUCGUGGAAAUAAUCUCCAUGAGGUAGAGACUGCAGAGGGCGAGAAGUUUUUAGCUAGCAUGCCCACAAAAUUCAGGAAGAACAUUUGGAUCAAGAGAGAAGAUUUUGUUAUUGUCGAUCCAAUUGCUGAAGGAGAAAAGGUAAAAGCUGAGAUAUCCUUUAUCAUCUAUAAAGAUCAUCAGAGACUACUGCAGAAAGAAGGCCUCUGGCCAGCUGCAUUCAGUAAAGAAACUGAAAAAGUUGCCACAGACAAAGAGAGCAACAAAGAAGGGGCUGCAGAAUCUAUAGCUGGGGAGAAGUCAGGAGCAGAAGACACAGAUGAAGACUCAGAAGAUGACAGUGAUCUGUUUGUCAACACUAACCGUGUCCAGUACGAGGAGAGUGAAGAGGAAUCAUCCGAUAGUGAUGAAGAAAGUGAACAUGAGGAGGAAAAAGCGGAAAAAUAAUGUGUGAUGCUUUUUGUUGAAAGAAUGCCGAAAUUUUCAGACAUGACUUUAACCUGAUUUAGUGCCUAUAAAGGAUAUGGACUUAAAGGGCCGAGCUGUUUUGGAAUAAUACCAAAUGUGGACUUUUUUCUAUGAUCAAACUUUGAAUGAUCUUGCUUUGAGAUCAGACUGUGAAACAGUAGGUUAGAUCAGAAAUUAACUUUUUGUUCUCGUACAUUCCUUAAUCACUUCAAUACUGGACACUUUCACCCCCUGCCCCCAGAUUUCAGCAUCGUCACACUUUACCCAAAUGAAAGUUUUUAACUUUUUUUUUAGUUUUCUUUUGGUGGUAUUUAUUCAACACUGGAUUUGUUUUUGACAUAUAAACAAAAAAAAUAAGAAUUUGAAAAAAAAAGCACCCCUUUUUUUCCUUGGUUUCUGUUUUUGCAAAUAAAUCUAUCGUCAUAAAUUCAUGCCAAAAUA